CUUCGUCCCUAUCAAAUAGAAGGUGUAAACUGGCUGGUGCAAUGCUACGAAGUCCAGCAUGGCUGUAUCCUGGGUGAUGAGAUGGGUCUUGGGAAGACUUGUCAGACUAUUUCUCUACUUCUUUAUUUGACAAAAAAAUUAACGAACAAAGAGAGCUUUCUGAUACUUUGUCCUCUGUCUGUUCUGAGCAACUGGAAGGAGGAACUGGAGAGGUUUGCUCCAGGUCUUUCCUUUGUGACAUACGUAGGCAGCAAGGAGGAACGACCCAAACUGCAGCAGAACCUGAAAGAGCAAUCUCACUUCCAUGCACUCUUGACAACAUACGAGAUUUGUCUGAAAGACGCAGCAUUUCUAAAAUCCUUUAACUGGGCUGCCUUGGUUGUAGAUGAAGCUCACAGACUGAAAAAUAUAAGUUCUCUGCUUUACAAGACGCUUUCUGAGUUCUCAGUAGGCUUCAGCCUGCUACUCACAGGCACUCCAAUCCAGAACAGCCUCCAGGAACUGUACUCCUUACUCAGCCUUAUUGAGCCUGACAUCUUUCCUAGGGAACAAGUGAAAGAGUUUGUUGAGUAUUACCAAGCGAUUGAAAAGGAGAGUGAGCCAGCCAAAGAAUUGCACAAUCUUCUGCAGCCGUUUUUGCUUCGAAGAGUCAAGUCUGAGGUGGCUGCAGAGCUGCCAAAGAAGGUGGAAGUGGUUCUGUACCAUGGAAUGUCAGCUCUGCAAAGGAAGUACUACAAGGCCAUUUUGACAAAAGAUCUAGAUGCAUUUGAAAGUGAAACAGGAAGGAAGGUUACACUUCAGAAUGUCUUAAUUCAGCUUCGGAAGUGUGUUGCCCACCCGUACCUUUUCAAUGGCGUUGAGCCAGAACCCUUUGAGAUUGGAGACCAUAUUGUUGAAGCCAGUGGCAAGCUGUGUUUGUUGGAUAAACUCCUUUCAUUCUUGUAUGUUGGCGGCCACCGUGUCUUGCUCUUUUCUCAGAUGACUCAACUGCUUGAUAUCCUGCAAGACUACAUGGACUAUAGAGGUGGAGUUGGCAUGAACCUGACAGCAGCAGAUACAGUUAUUUUUACCGAUAGUGAUUUUAACCCACAAAAUGACUUGCAAGCAAUAGCAAGAGCUCACCGGAUUGGGCAGCACAAGCCUGUGAAAAUUAUCCGCUUGAUUGGGCGAGAUACAAUUGAAGAAAUAAUCUACCGAAGAGCUGCUUCUAAGCUCCGGCUGACAAAUACCAUUGUAGAAGGGGGUCAGUUUGCUCUGGGAGCACCCAAGCCUCAGGGAGCAGCAGAGUUACAGCUGAGUGAAAUCUUGAAAUUUGGCUUGGAUAAAUUGCUCUCCUCUGAGGGGAGUACUAUACAGGAUGUGGAGCUAGAAAACAUCCUUGGAGAGACAAAAGGAGGGAAGUGGGUAAUGGACGUUGUGCUGCCACGCGAAGAAGAGAGUGAAGAGGAGGAUACAGAGAAUCACAUGUACGUGUACGAAGGCAAAGAUUAUUCAAAAGAACCCAGCAGAGAAGACAAAAAAGCAUUUGAUCAGCUUUUGGAUCUUCAGAAAGCCUUGACUGAAGAGACCAGUAAGGGAGGGAGAGCUCUCCGGAACAAAGCAAACGCCCUUCUCACAGGCCUCCGGGAACAGUCAACCAGGAGGAAGCACUUGUUGAGCGCAGAGGAGCUGGAGGCUAGGAGGAAGAAGCGCCAAGAAGCAGCAGCAAAGAGAGCAAGGCUCAUGGAGGAAAAGAAGAAGGCAAAAGCAGAGGCAGAACACAAGAAAAAGAUGGCCUGGUGGGAGGCGAAUCAUUACACAUCUACCUGCCUUCCGUCAGAGGAAAGUGACUCUGAGGAAGAGUUUGAGGAGGAUGAGGCUGGGCUGAAUGUGGAUUUAGAUUAUGAAGAUGCAGACCUGAACUGUAUCAAGUACGUCAUGGGAGAUGUCACCCACCCCAAAGCAGAAGAGGAGGAUGCCAUCAUUGUCCACUGCCUAGAUGACUCCGGCUGCUGGGGAAGGGGUGGUUUAUUUACAGCUCUGGAGGCUCGUUCUGAUCAGCCAAGGAAAAUAUAUGAGAUGGCAGGAAAGAUGAAAGACCUGGAGUUAGGAGGAACCCUGUUAUUCCCCAUUGAUGAUAAAAAAUCCAGGAAAAAAGGACAGGACUUGUUGGCCUUGAUUGUAGCUCAGCACCGGGAUCGGUCCAACAACUUGUCUGGCAUUAAGCUGUCUGCUUUGGAAAAGGGCCUGAAGAAGAUUUAUUUAGCAGCCAAGAAAAGGAAUGCAACAGUGCAUCUUCCACGUAUUGGGUAUGCAACAAAAGAUUUCAACUGGUAUGGUACCGAGCGGCUCAUCCAAAAAUAUUUGGCAACACGGGGUAUCCCCACGCUUAUAUACUACUUCCCUAGGAAUAAAGGCUCUUCCUCUGCUUCACAACCAUAUUCAUCUUCAAUGACAGUCUCAAAGCCAUGAGGAUGCAGUAAUUUCAUUGAGAAACAUGCGCAAAAAGCCAAGGAUCUUUUCAACAUCACGCAAACAGUCUGUAUGUGUCCACUUCAGAAACAUGGCUUACACAGCCAUUAUUUGCUCCGGUAUCUGUCUGCCUUUAUUGGCCAGAAUGUUUACAUGUUGUCAGUGGCUCUGGAGAGGAAUGCGACUGCUUCAGAGUUCAAAGAGUCUUUGGAUAAGGAUGUUCCCUCAAUCCCAGAUCUGUUUUGGAGAUGGAAAAUUAAACUUUCACUGAUGGUCAGUUGUUAUCCCUUACAUUGUUAUUGCUAGGGCUUGGAAUAUAGUAUUGUCUGGCCAUAUUUUUUCCCCUCUUCAAAUUCCAUGCCUUGUCUCACUAUACCUGUUUUCAAUCAGCUUUUUAGUGGUUACCUGGGACUCUGUGUACAUGCCCACAUAGACGUCUCAGUGGAAAGGAAGCUGUCUGCAUUCACAACACUGCAUAACAACCACAUAGUAUAAACUCUUUAUACUGUUCCAGUUCCCCAGAAGUCCAUUUGACUUGCAUUUGUUCAAAUAUAAAAUUUAGUCACAUAAUCACGUGCUUACAAUCUAGCAAAAUCCUGACCAGUAUUCUUGGCAAAGGCGUGCAAGGGUGCCAAAAUUUGAGACUGGCUUUAUAAAUGACACCUUUCCUUCUCCCACAACUGCUUUUUCAUUACACAGCUCUUUGUUGCAGCUAUUGGGCAAAACCAGUUCCUUACUGCUGUCCAGAAAGCUGUGUGAAAGAUUCCAUGACCCUUUGAUUCACGUUAAGGAAAACUUAAUGCAGAGUUUUUGAUGUUGGCUUUACUCUAUUGCAACAGAACUUUCCUGUUUUUUGCAUUGUUGGCACUGUUGGCUUUAGCAUAUUUUUUAGGGUAUUUUAGUACAACGAGGCAAUAAUUAGCUUUCCUAAUAAGUGUUUUGACCAGAGAGACUGUGAGGUGCCAAACUUAAUUAAAGUUCAGCUUCCAAUAGGAAAUCACCCCAGAAACAGUGGAAAGUGUGUCUUUAAAUAUCUAAUUGCCAACACACAUCUCAUUGGCUGCAUUUACACUGCCUCUGUAGCACCAUCUGGUUACUUAAUAAUUUCAGGCCUGGUUCUGACAUGGCUCAUCACGCUGACUGGUGUGCUCCACACUAGAAGAAGCCUUCCUGAGUUGGAUACUCUCUCAUUCACUGUUAGCUCUACCAGAAAACCCCAAGUGAUUUGUUAUCUCCUUUGACCCUGCUGAAGCUUAGGUAAGCCGGUGCUGCUUAGCACCUCAGUAGGCAAGACCUUUCUUGCAGCUGCUCAGAGGAACAGCCCCUUUAUAUUUGGCAAAGGGCUUGCAGGAUCAGAGUCUGACUGUGAAGACUUUCUGGGGUGAAAGGUGGUGAGUAGAUGUACAUUACCUUGUUUUCCCCCCGUCGUGCGAACUGGCACUCUUCCAGCAGGCCGGCUGGUGGCACUGUUAAUCAGCUGCAGCAGCACAUGUUGCUCUCGGCCUCCUUUCAGAGAGCAGGGCAGUGAUCUCCAGCCUGGAAAAACGCUGCCUUUGCCAGAAUUAAAACACCGGUUAUGCUUUUCUCUUUGUCGGCUUGACUGAACACAUAAUUUCAGUCUGCAGUCUCAAGGCUCUGUUCCUCCACCUAUUCUUUUCCUGUAUAUUUAUUGCCCUUCUUUGAAAGGUUUCAUUCCCAAGUGUUCCAGUGUGUGCAGUCUUGUUCCUCAGCUUCACACACACCUAUGGCCAAAUCCCUGCCCACCUACAGGUUCUCUGGCCACCAUGCAGUUACACAUGGACAGGAUUUGUCUUGUGGCUGAGUCCCCCAGCAUGGGUUGAAGUAGUGCAUAUACCACCACUAUGGCCAGGUAUUCCUGUUUGAGGCCUCAUGCUUCCGUUUGUUUCUACAAGAAGAUGGGGCUCUACCUCUGUCCUGUGCCCCCCACCCUGCUGUAACUCUGACUAGAAUUAUAAAGGAGAGGAGGGCACGACUACCUGCCUGUUAAUGUCCCUUACCCUGUAAGAUAAGGCCCGCAGGGGGCUGCAAGGUUCCUGGCACACACAGAGGAAAGGUCAUGGUAUGCAGUAGAUUCUCGCCCUCUAACUUAGGGGCAAGUCAGACAAAAGAUGUUCUCUUUUCCCCCCUCUACUCCUCUUGGCCUGUACAGAUUAAAGCUACCUUAUUUUUUUCCCUUUAAAUUUACUUAGGAAAUGCUUCUGGAGUAUGGGGGUUUUGUUGUUUUUGUUUUUUUUUUCUUUUUUAAACAAUAUUCUUUAAUAUUCUUUAAAUUUGCUGAAUCCAGAGAAAAGUUCUACCUCUGUCUGCUUUGAAAUGGAAGUGAGAUUUCAACUGAAUUCUGAGCUGGGUUUUGCAGAAUCUCAGCCAAGUGAAGUUUUUCUAGUGUUUGCUACCCACCACCAUUUCUCUUUAUUUGGGCAGAAAUCGUGUAUUUUGGAUAAUUAAUUCCAUAAAGGGCUCAGCAGCUUUAUAUGCAAGUUGCUAUGCAAAAUAAAUGUGUCAUGCUGUUUCUUCAGCUGUGCAGUACUACGCAUUUUCCCUUUCUAAAUAGCAACCACCCCAAAAGGGAAGGAAGGUGUUCUUUUGUAGUCAUGUCCCUCUGGCCUCUCUCUUCCUCUAAACAAGAUUUUCUGCAGCAAAAGAGCUGAAAUGUGGCUCCUUGUGCAUAUCUGUCAUUGCAUGUUUACUUAAACUUUAGAUGUAUGCUGCUAGAUUGAGGUCAGCAGCACAGAGCAAGAUCAUGCACAGUUCAGACUGGCUA